CUACAAAAGAGUCAAAGUAGACAAAUUAGGAGGGAUUACAAAGCGGCUUCGUCGGAGAUCCCCGUCCCAGUAAAAGCUACGAACAGUCUUCCAAGUGAAUCAGCCGUCGUCAGAUAUCCAUAGCCAGAGCUCGCUCGUUUUCUAGAUCCAAACAAAGAAGAUGGCUCAAUCAGCUAAACCGAUCUCGAGUCCGGUGCCGGUGUCGAUGUAUCCGACUCUUGCCUUCUUCAUGCUCGCCGUUGGCCUCGCCGUCACGGCUUCAUUUUUCAUCUAUGAGGCUACAUCUUCUAGCAAGAAACGCAGCCUUGCAAAGGAGCUUACGACUGGGGCUGUGGCUUCUGUGUUCUUGGGUUUUGGAUCAUUGUUCUUACUACUUGCUUCCGGCGUUUAUGUCUGAUUACUUGGAGCAUGGGAGCUUUCCCCAAAACCUUGAUACGAACUUCUAAUGUUUUCUUGAGAGUUUCCUUUGAUUUUGUAGUUUGAAGAGAACCUUUAUAAGAUGUUGUUUUUGUUACUCCUUCACUUGCAUAAUGUUUGUUCCUUUUUUGUAUUAAACUUUGAUGGUCUUCUUGAUUAAUAUGGUUGGUCUUUCAAUGAACAAUUUUUAUUUUU